CAUUACUCCUUCAUUUUGCUUUAACAUUUGCUUUCAUUUGUUGUCUCCCCCAUUCAUUCAACAAAACAAACUUUCAUGUACCAACACCAAAAGCAACACUCAUGGAUGAACAGUGCCUCUUCCAACCUCUCUUGCCGACAACCGCCGCAGCCGGCACCUCCUCCAAUCCUGCCGUCCCCAACUACCCGCCUCUCAACAAUGCUGAAGACACCAAAGACAUAAGCGCCCCAUCACCAGACUCGAGCAUCAUAUACCGCCUUUUGUCUGUCUUCUUUAUAGGGCUCCUCUCUGUAUGGGCGAAUCUCGAAGCAUCGAAAGGGUUCGAGCUAACUGUCACGAACGAUGCAACGAACUCUCCGGCUGGCAAGCGCUUCACCCAAAUGUACGUCUCCGAUGACAGCGCCACACGUGAAGUCCUCCGUGCGAGCAGCUUCAUUGAAACCCUUCUCUACGACAACAUCAGAGGCAAUCAAACAACCAUCACCAAGAAGCUGGUAAAGCAUGUCGUUGUCCGGCUAGCUCGACGGAACCUCAGAAGGAAGGUAACCGUCAAAGCCGCAGGAGAUCACAAGUUUGUCAUGAAUUUAUGCCCUUCUCUAAUGGAGGCCAAAGACGUGAAGUACAACAUGGCAUCGGUGAUCCACCGUGGCAUGGCACGGAUAUGGCUAUAUGAUGGUGGCUCUAAGCUCCGCUAGCGCUUCUCGACGGCCUGGUAGAGUAUAUAAGCAUUUUAGCAGGUUUUGGUGAUACAGAUUAUGAUGGAAGUGUUCAGGGUUUUCAAGAAUCUGCUCCAAAUUGCUGGGAAGACAAAACCCCUAAGGCUGUGGCGCAUUUUUUGAACUACUGUGAGAGGGAGAGUGGAGGGUUCAUCCGACGGUUAAACGAAGCCAUGAAAGAGGGGUGGCGUGAUUGGACGGUGGACGAGGCUCUCGGAAUGCCGGCUCAGCAUCUGUGCAAAUCCUUCAGGAGAGGUCAAGCAGCGGUAUAAAGUUUUACCCAACUAAAGCAUCUUCCGUAGCUGGUCUUGAUGACCUGGAAAAUUCGGCGAAGAAUUGUUCUGUGAUUCUCUGCAUGUGAUGGGUGAUGUUCCAUGUUUGGAUUAGACAACGACGUUAAUCAUGUCUAGGCUCAUUCUUGCACAUGCAAUUCUCUGGACAAUUGUGCAGAUAAGGGGUUGGACUUCUGGUGACAAUAAAACAGCAAUUGAUCUUUUCCAAUUUCAAGGACCUUCCAUCAUUUAGCAAUCAUCUUUGCAAGAUUUAA